CUUUUAUCUAUGGUAUCGAAUUGUACAUUGCACAUAUGUUCUGUUCUAAUGAUCCAGAAUUAGUAUGGCCAAAUAUGGCGACCACCAGUGAAAAGAUAGAAAAUUGCGAAGUAUGCGGUGCAACUAAAGCGAAAUACACGUGCCCCAAGUGUGAGGUUAGAACUUGUUGUAUACAAUGUGUAAACAUUCACAAAAAAGAAUUGGAGUGUGAUGGCAUCAGAGAUAAAACGAAAUUUAUACCUUUAAAGUUGUUUACGGACUUGGAUGUUCUAAGCGACUAUAGACUUCUUGAAGAAGUUGGUAGAUCAGUUGAGCAGCUAAAAAAGGAUCCACUUAAAAGGUGUACUCGACAAAUUAAUUUGCCAGUGCAUUUGUGUAAGCUCAAAACAGCUGCAUUUAAAAGAAAAGUUAAUUUACAAUUUAUGCCACAACAUUUCAGUAGGCAUAAAAAUAAUACGACAUAUUUAAAUUGGAAAACCAAUGAAUUAUAUUGGAGAAUAGAAUGGAUUUUUGCACAAGCAGACCAUACAAAAGUGGUAACAGGAAGGGCUUUAGAAAAUACGAAGCUAUCCAAAAUAAUAGAGGAUAUUUUAGAUCCUAUGAAAUCAUUCGAAGACACCAAUGAUAUAGCUGAAUUAAAUCUGAGAAAGUGUCUAACUGAUAGAUUACAGUUUUAUCAAGCAGUUGGUUUACCUGGAUUAAAAGUUCUUUUAAAAGCAGAAAGGGUAAUAAAAUCAGAUUCAAAGUUUCACGAAUUGGAUGUUACUCUAUCAUUACAGAAAAACUUGGAAAAUAAAACUAUAAUAGAAUUUCCAACAAUAUACGUGAUUUUAAAAGAUCACUCUGAUAUAUAUGAAAUUAUUGAUACUGACGACGAAUUCAUGGAUGAUUCAAUAAGUAAAAGUAGUAAUGGAUAUAUAUCAAGGAAAAGAACGAAUAAACAAAUAAAGAAAAACACAAAAAAUUCAACUGUGAAUUACUUCUUCAACUAUGAAUGUUCGGAUUCCGAGGAAGAGUCAGGUAACAGUGAUAGAAAAAUUGGUGUAACAAAUAGAAAAUCUUUUAACAUUCCCAAUUAUGACGAACUUGUAAAAAUGGAGCAAUAGGAUUUUUGUACCAAUAGAAAAAGAUAUAGAUGGUAAGAUUUUUAUUUUUCUUGGUUUAAACAAGAAAACAUAUUGUACAUUUAGUAUAAAUUCAAUUUUUUUACUGUAAAUAUGAUACCUCAAUAGACCGAUACAAUUGGAUGACAUAAAAUAUU